AUGGAAACAUCAAACCCCCACCAAGAUGGACAGGAUGAACAAAGCAAACCACAAGCUCAGCUUCGUCCUCAUUUGCGCGACGGUUCAAUCGAAGAACUUUCAUCACGAUCGCCUCGCACCGACAAGGCUGAAAGUUCUGGGCCAAACGUAGCUUCAAAUCAGGAUUUGGUUCUACGGAAGGGUUGGCCAAACCGUCCGAGGACUAUCAAGUCUUCUCUCCUUUCAUCGAUUUCCAGUGCUAUAUUUGAUAUUUUCUUGGUUGCGUCGUCUACUGCCUUCCUCGCGCUUGCAUUAAUCGUCAAGAAAAAUGAUAAGGCCUAUAUCAUGGACUUAAAAAAAUUAGAGCAGAAGCAAAUGCCUAAAAUGAUACUUGGAGCAAUUAAAUACGGCCCUACCCUGUUUCCCAUUCUCUUCGCUUCGGUACUUGGGCGAAUGACCCAUACGAUCCUCUGCUGGCGGCUUGUUAAGGGAGAGCGUAUGGGAGUACUUGAUACUCUUGCAGCUAGUACAUCAUUUACGAGCAUUAUCACAGCUCAAGCCCAGAUGGGUAGACUGAACUACUUCGGAGUACUUUUGGUCGCUGUCUGGGCACUCUCUCCUUUAGGGGGCCAAGCAACGUUGAGACUCAUGUCCAUCGGCCCCAGAAAGACAUCUACUUCUGAAACCAUUAGCUACAUGGUUCCUACUGGAAGCUUACAAGGCUAUGAGAUGACGAAUGGGCCCUUGGUAAUGGAGAAGGUCAAUUUAUUAUUCAUGAGCACGCUCAUUGAAUCGUCGAUCCGCUUUAGCAGUCGUUCCCAUUCUGGCCCAUGGGAAGACCCUUACCAGAAUACGAGAAUCAUAAAGGCACCAUUCUUUGGGACCAGAAAUUCUUCCAAUAUUGAUGAAGACAAUUGGUACAAUUCCACUGGAAGCAGUCAAUCUUCAUCAUACUAUUCUCUGAUAGGCAUACCCAGAAAAAAGACUGAAUUAAUACACAACGAACGUUCGUAUGAUCUCUCCCGUAUUCAUUCCUCUUACUGGGAUCUAAAUUGCUCCACUUCAAGUCCCACUGCAAACAAUAGCAGCAUUAAUAAUGCAAAAGUCUCUGAUAUUGUCGAAAUCAGAGGGACUGGAGCAACCAUCCGAUAUAGCAACAGCUCUUUGACGGAAAGAAUAGGAGUGGUUCCUGAAAACCUAAGGCCCUUCAAGUUCUUUUACUCUCCGGCUUACAAUAUCUCCAGUGGGCAAAACACUCUUUCUUGUGAAGUAAGAAGUGCUUAUAUCGAAUCGGACAUAAAAUGCAAUAUAUUUACGUGCGAAACCAUUCGAGCCCAGCCGUCUCAGUUAGACCAUCAUCCCUUAGCGUGGACGCUCCUCGAUUUACGUCCUGGCUACUGGCCAUUCUUCCUUAACAGUUUCAUCGGCAGUAUUAGAGGCAAAGAAAAUGAACCGUCACUUAUCGAUCAUUACAUUGCGAACCCAGAGUUUGCCUCAGCGGGUACAUCUAUGACUGGAGCUAAUAGUAUCUCCCCAGAGGAGUACUCUGUUCGCUUGGGUCAGCUAUUGAACACGUACUUUUAUUUCCUAAACGGCAUGUCGACGCUACCCCUAAGCCAACCCAAUCCAAUGGAGGAAUUCGAGGAUGGUACCUACAUUGAUAACAACCAAUCCUUCAUACCGAUUUCCGAACCCGCAAGUCCUCAGGAUAACUUUGGUCGGAACGGACCAGCAAUACGUUUAUGGGAGACAGAAAGAAUUCUCGAGGCGGAGGUUGAUAGCAUAGCCGCGCAUCAGGGCUGGAUCUCAAUACUAGCCACAAUCUCAUCCCUUCUCAUUUUAGCUAGUCUCAUCACACCAAUCAUCCAGACCUUCUUUCUCCACGGACCCGAUGUUAUGAUGAACAUAUCUAGUCUUGCGAGCAAUGACACCCAUUUGAAGUUGCCAGUUAAUGGGAGCCAUUUGAAUGCUGCAGAAAGAGCAAAAUUAUUACAAGAUGUAAAGGUUAACUUUGGAGACGUUGAACCAGAGAAGGAGGUCGGAAGACUUGCUAUAGGCUCUAUACAAGGUGUUGUUGAGAUAAUUUGCUCUAAAGGUAUUAUUACUACUAUAUUGAAGGUCAAGGUUGAAUAUUUGCGAGUCAUCUCCUACCUGCUAGAAGCAUCCAAAGUCGACCUAUCCAAGAGCGCUAUCGCUAUUCGAAAUCUCGCUACAUUCCUGUGA